ACGCAGGAUUAGUAAAUGCACCUCGAACGGCAAUAGUUCGUACAGAGUUUAAGCAAGUUUCCCUAGUUGGACGAAAUAGAACUAUUGCAUCUGCUGACUCAGUGCGCCUUUUGUGCAACAGUGCGUGGCUCAAGUGGCUUAUAGGAUGGAUUUCGCUUCGGAAAUAAUACCGGCGAUGACGUGAUGAGGCAUCAGCUACAUCAGCCUGGCCCUGGAUGAUUGUAUGCGGCCUCCGGUUAGGGCCGGAUUUUGGCUCUAUGGUCAUAAUGUGGUUGGUCGGCUCGUUCGUUCAACCGCUGAGAUCCACGAACUUCAUCUUAUCUCCGAGCACAUAAAUACCCAGGUAGGUAUAUAGGAAGUUAUAAAAGCCCAAAGCCUAGCCGGCCUUGAACAAGGACAACAACAACAGUAAUAGAAGCAGAAACAGCCCUGAUUUAUAUCAUUCGAUCAACCACCUACUACAUCUUUCAAAUCGGACCAAAGAAAGAAAUCCUCAUGGCAAUGUCCCGCCUCCAAGGAAAAGUCGCCCUCGUCACCGGCGCAUCCCGCGGCAUCGGCCGCGCAACAGCCCUAGCCCUUGCAAAAGAAGGCGCAAGCGUCGUGAUAAACUACAUAUCUUCAUCUGCAGCAGCAGAAGAAGUCGUCUCGCAGAUUGGCGCCGACCGCGCAAUCGCAGUGCAAGCGAACGUCUCAAGGCGCGAGGAAAUCUCCCGUCUUAUCAAGGCCACCGUUGAUCGCUUUGGAAAAAUCGAUACGCUUGUCCUUAAUGCCGGAAUGCUCUGGCAGAAGGGGGAUCUUGCUAGUAUUACGGAGAGUGACUUUGACACGCUUUUCGCGGCGAAUGUGAAGGGACCCUUAUUUACCGUGCAGGAAGCGGCACCGUUUAUACCGGAUGGUGGACGCGUGAUGCUUUUCUCGACUUCCUUGGCUGCGUUUAGCAUGGUCACUCCGAACUAUCUGUUGUACACAGCCAGCAAAGGAGCCAUUGAGCAGAUGACGCGCGUAUUGGCGAAGGACCUCGGAAAGCGGAAGAUCACAGUGAACACGAUUGCGCCGGGGCCGAUUGGGACGGAUGCUUACUUUGUCGGCAAGACAGAGCAGAUGGUCCAGAUGCAGAGUAAUACUGCGCCUGCUGGAAGACUGGGCACGCCGGAGGAAGUUGCAAAUGUUGUUGCCUUUAUUGCGAGCGAUGAGAGUUCGUGGGUUAACGGGCAGACCGUGAGGAUUAAUGGGGGAAUGACAGUUGGAUAGGGCAUCCUAAUGGGACAAUUCGGGUUUCCGAGUUUGGAGUAAAGCUGUACGCGCGAACUGAUGGUCGUGAGAGGAUUCGAUUAGUGCCUCAAUCCCAGUCGACUGGAAACCCAGACGGCGGGCAAGAUAAGCCAUAUUAUGAAUAACAUGCUUAUCAGCCGG